AGCGGAUAAAGAUAAUGGCUGUCCCACUCAGAAGAUCUGCACGCGUUAUUGAUGGUACACGAUCCAAGUAUUUCAUCAAGAAAGAAGCUGAACGAAGUGUUAAGAAAGAAGUCAACGAAGAGGUCAGCGUGAAGAAAGAAGUGAAGAAUGAAGAUGAAGAUGACAUAUUAAUCCCGCCACGGGAUGGUGUAGUCAAGAAGGAGAGCAAGGAGGAGGGCGAAGAGGAUGUAAAGAUACCACCAAAGAAGAAGGUGAAGCUUUCUGAAGGUGAAUCAGGUAAACCCAUACCGAAGAACUUCUACCCAAUCUAUGAGCAAGUCAAGAAGAUGAGGUCUUUGAUAGUUGCACCAGUUGACACCAUGGGAUGUGCAGAGAUUCCAAUCACCUUGAACAAGGAUAUUCCACUCUCUCCAAGAAACUACAGAUUCCAACUCUUAGUGUCGCUGAUGCUUUCAUCCCAGACCAAAGAUGAAAUCAACUACAAGGCGAUGGCGAAUAUGAAACAGUACUUCUUAGCCAAUGGGUUUAACGAUGGUAUCACCAUUGAAUCUAUGAAAUGGAUAGAUGAGAAGAAACUGGACCAGCUAAUCUUUAGUGUUGGUUUCCAUACAAGAAAGGCAUCGUACAUAAAGAAAAGCGUUGAUAUCCUAUUGUCCAAAUGGGAUGGAGAAGUACCGAACACUUUAGAGGGACUUGUAUCAUUGCCUGGUGUUGGACCUAAGAUGGCCUUCCUAACACUACAAAAGGCGUGGGACCUGAACUUGGGGAUUGGUGUUGAUGUUCACGUUGAUAGGCUAAGUAAGAUGUGGCACUGGGUAAAGAACAAAAAGGGUCCUGAGGAGACCAGGGUCGAAUUAGAGAGUUGGCUACCAAGAGACCUCUGGACCGAGAUAAACCCUGAGCUGGUUGGCUUUGGACAGUCCAUCUGUCUCCCCAGAGGUCGUAGAUGUGACCUGUGUACCCUCAGUAAGCUGAAGCUCUGUGGGAACGUUGAUAGAGCAUUGAUAAAGAAAGUUGAAACCAUGGGCGAUGACAAGCUACAAGAGAUGAAUAGCAAGCUGAGAUUUGAUCCUACACCGUUAAUGGACAUUGAAGACUUGUAAUGGAUCGGAAUAAAUAGGUGAAGCAUAUAUAAAUAAAUAAGAGUCAAAGAAUUUCAAACUCUGCAACCAAAGGAAUAUGAUCACUGGGGUAGUC